CACUGCCCUGGCAUGCCUGCCUCCUGCCCAGGGCUGUGCUGCCCUGUGAGAUGGCAGGGAGGAAGGCAGCGCAUAUCUCCUGGCCUGUGCUGCCUUGGGAAGGUAGGUGCAGGGGCAAGACUGCAGUGCAGGUGCCCUACAGCUCCCUGCCCCAGGGAGGGAGGUGAAUGGAGGUGUGGGGCAGCCUUUGUGGGUGGCAUGAGAGGCUGUGCCUGAGCCCCUUCCCAUAGAGGCGAGGUGUCCAAUGUGAAGAUCACCCACCAGUGGCAAGCAUAGCAUGGCUAAGGCAAGGAAAGCCAUGGAAUUGUUCAGGGUGUUCCCUGGGAUGCCAGAGUCACAGGGCAGCCAAGAGGUGGUAGUGGUGGCACCUGUGUGCUGGGAGCAAGGGGCCCAGGCCAUCUCCCCUGUCCUGAGGGCUGGCAUAUAGCCAGGAUUGAGUGCCUCUUAUCUAGCAGCAUGGGGUUGCAGAGGAGCCUGGGUUCCUCAGCCUGCAAGAGGUGGCCAAUAUGGGUGCAAUGGAGCAGCCUGGAGUGGUAUGAGAGCAGUGAAAACUCCAUGGCAAGAGAACAGAAGGCACCACAGUUGUGACAAGAACUUGUUCUUCAGGUACUGGCAGCACCUUGCUGUGAUGGGUGACAAGCAUCAAUGGCAGGUGUGGGGCCUGACCGGAGCCAGGGUGUGCUGGCAGCACAUCUGGCCCUGGAAGGACUCCCUCAGCUGGGCUCCCCCCAUGUGUGGUCCUUGGCACCUGCGGGUUACCUGCAAGGGCUAGGUAGGCAUCUCCCAUUAGUUAUUCAGCAGCUCCAGCUUCCCUGCUCAAACAGCUGCCUCAGCCACAGGCUCUCUCAACCCGUGCCAUGAAAUGUUGGAGGUUUUUUGCUAUGGCAUCCUCUUCCCCAACACCAAAGCACCAAGCUUACUCUCCUUGCAGGGUGCCAGGCAGCAGGAAACACUUGUGGACUACCCAGGCUCACUGCACUGGGCAACAUGGUGCUGAGCACAGAGGCUCCCCAAGAUGCUUCUGGCUCUGUCCAUGAGUGGCUGUCACUGGGGCUUCUCUGGGGAGAAUUACAAGUUCUGGGACAUGGAGACAGGGUCUAGAAAGCCUCAGUGCUUCACGCCAGCUGCCUCUAGGAGAGCAAACCUUUGGUGUGGAGAAGGCUUCUCUGGGAAGAAAAAGAAGGGGCUCACCAGGGAGAGGCUUGCAGGCACCCCGCUCCCCUUCAAGGAACUAUCAAGGCCUUCAGCCCAUUGUGGACCUUCUGCUGGGCUGGCAACAACAGCAGGCCAGCAGCUGGCAGAUGUUUGUCCCAUGGCGGGGAUUCCAGCUACCUUCAUCAUCACCCCCUCCUGAGCAGCCAGGUUUGCUUUAAAGACCCCAGCUUCCUUUUAUUGCUUCCCUUCUCAGAUUGCAGCCUGCUGAAAGGGCUAUUUUUAGCAGCCUGCCUUCUAAAAAUAGCUCUAAGCUGUUGGGUGUUGCGUCAUGAGAGGUAACUCUCUCCAUGCGCCGCAGCUUGGCCCCUGCACCCCAGGAGGGUACAAAAGGAGGCCAGGAGCAGCGGGGUCAGCAGGUUUGGACGCAGUCAGAGGCAAAGGAGGCGGUGGUUUGCUGCCAGCUGCGGACAUCCUAUUGCCGGCACCAUGACCAUCUUCUGUAGCCACUGCCACAGGCCACUGCAGGCAGAGAUGAGCUGCCUGCUCAGGAGGGGCAAGCAGGUGCCCAGCACCCCGAGGCCAUUCAGGUGAGCUCCCUCCUACCUCCUGUGAUGGUCUCCUACAGAGGAGAGCCCUGAGCCAGCUUGCCUAGUGGCUGAUAGCCCUUCUAAGGGGCUGGCACCAGCCUGGGAUGGGGGGCUGCCAGUUGAUGUGUGGGGAGGAGGUGUGGGAGCUUAGAGGGGCAGAGGGAUUUCAGGUGGUUGAAGAGUAAAGGCCAAUGAAAUGGGCUGGAGCUCACAUUCUGGCACUGGUUGCAGUUUCCAUCCUUGUGGGGUUUGGCGGGGGGGGUGUGUCACUCGGGCUACCACUCCAUCAUUGUCCAAUGUGGUCCCCUGAGAGAGCGGCAGUAGCCAAGCCAGCGGUCUGUCUCCCUGGGUAGCCAUGAGCAGCUCUGCCUGCAUCCACUGCAACAGAACAGCCACCAAAGGUUUGCUCUCCUAGAGGUAGCAGGCACAUGUGCUGAGCCUCUCUAGGGAAAUGUCUCUACCCCAUGUCUCCUGGUUUGCAAUUCUCAUUGCUUUGGGUGGGAAAUGCUGUGCCUCUCCCUCCCUGGACACAUCACCCCAGUCACCUGGCUUUGCAGGUCAACCAAGAGUGCCUCCAAGGCUCGCCGGGACCAGAUCAACGUGGAGCUGCAGGCACUGCGCUCCCUGCUGCCCAUCUCUGCACGGGAGAAGGAGCGGCUCUCCUACCUCCACACCAUGGCCCUGGUGUGCCUCCAGCUGCGGGGGGCUCAGCUGUUCCCCCCAGGUGGAGCUGCUUGCCCAGGGAGACACAGUCUUCGACAUCCUGGAUGGGCAAGCACAUGAGGACGUGCGCAAGCAGCUCCUCCUUGCCCAGGAGGAGCCUGGCCGAGAAGUCACAUUUGUUGGCGAGAUGCACACAUCCAAAGCCUUCCGGCUGCGGCACGGGGGGAAUCGAGCCGUGGCAGUGCACGGGCACUUUGCAGCCCUCGGCCAGCCAGCCUCCUCCACCACCACAGUGUUCCUGGCCCUCUGCACACUGGUGGCACGGUUGCCCACAGAUGGUGAUGCUGGUUCCCAUGAUGACCUAUUCCAGAGCACGCACAUCCUAGACAUGACAUUUACUGAUGUCACAGAGAGUGUCACCUAUCAUCUUGGCUACCGAAGGGAGGAACUGAUCGGUCAGUCGUGGUACAGCCUCCUGCACCCUGAGGAUGCUGACUUAGCAGCUGCCCAGCACAGGGCCGUGGCACGCGGGGCCGGGGCCACAGCAGGGACAGCAGUGCUGCGUGUGCUGCGCAGAGACCGCACCUGGGCCUGGCUCCGCGUCUCGGCGCGGCGGGACAGCGGGGGCCACUCCAUCACCUGCACCAGCCACUGCCUCAGGGAGGAGGAGGCGGCCUACCUGCGCGCCCGACAGCACCGCCGCCCGCCCCGUACCGCGGCAGCGCCGCCGCCCGCGCCUGCCGCCGUCCCGCCGCCGGGGCGGGAGCUCAGCCUGCUGGCCGCACAGCUCCGCGCCUUGGCCGACAGCCUCUCGCCGCCCGCCACCGCAACCCGGCACCCGCUCUGGCCCGGGCCCGAACCCCUCCGCCCCGGCGCUCACGACACCGCCCUGGGCCGUCUCCCGGGCAGCGCGCUGGAGGGGGCGGAGUCUCCCGCCGCGCACGCGCACUGUGCGCCCUACGCCCGUCAAUAA